CAUUAACUUCCAUAGAUGCAGAUUUUUGGAAUGAGGCCGUUAUAGAUGAAAUGGAAUCGUUAGAAGCUAAUAAGACUUGGCAUCUAACAGACUUACCUCCUGGCUGCAAAGUCUUAGGUAAUAAAUGGGUUCUAAAAACGAAACGGAAACCUGAUGGUGCAAUCGAAAGGUUCUGAGCUCGCCUAGUAGUUAAGGGCUACAGGCAGAGAGAGAAUAUAGAUUUCUUUGAUACCUAUUCACCAGUAUCAAGAAUAACAUCCAUUCGUGUAAUGAUUGCUCUUGCUGUCUCGAACAAUCUCGUGGUACACCAACUGGAUGUUAAGACCGCUUUUUUGAACGGUGAUCUGGAUGAAGAAAUCUAUAUGGAACAAUCUUAAGGGUUUGUUAUCCCCGAACAUGCCUCGAAAGUCUGUAAGUUAGACAAAUCAUUAUAUGGUUUGAAACAGGCUCCAAAACAGUGGCAUGAGAAGUUUGACACUCUCGUUCUCUCACAUGGCUUUAAGGUGAAUAAAAGUGACAAGUGUAUUUACAGCAUGUCAGUAAAUAAUACUUGCACUAUCAUAUGUUGGUAUGUAGAUGACAUGUUGAUAUUUGGUACAAAUAUUCAUGUGGUCAAUGAAGCAAAAGCCAUGUUGAAAGAGAGCUUUGAGGUGAAAGAUCUGGGAGAAGCAAAGUUUAUGCUUGAAAUCCAGAUAACCAGAACAGCAAAUGGUUAUUCUCUAGAUCAAUCUAGCUACAUAGAGAAGAUCUUGAAGAAAUAUAACUAUUUCGACUGUAAACCUGCGUGUACUCCGUAUGAUGCUAGUGUAAAGCUAUUUAAGAACACUGGAGACAGUGUAAGACAAUCAGAAUAUGCUAGCAUCAUUGGCAGUCUCUGUUAUGCUGCGGAUUACACUAGACCAGACAUUGCAUAUGUCGUGGGAUUGCUUGGCAGGUUUAACAGUUGUCCUAGUAGAGAGCAUUGGAAUGCUAUAGAGAGGGUCAUGAGAUACCUCAAGAGAACAGCAAACCUUGGUAUACACUAUCAAAGGUUUCCUGUUGUACUAGAAGGGUAUAGUGAUGCGGAAUGGAAUACCCUAUCAGAUGACUCCAAGGCAACUGGUGGAGCUGUGUCUUGGAAGUCAAAGAAACAAACAAUCCUAUCUCAAUCAACUAUGGAAUCAGAGAUGAUAGCACUAGCAACGGCUAGUGAAGAAGCAAGUUGGUUGAGAGGAUUGUUGUCAGAGAUUCCCCUAUGGGAAAGGCCGGUCCCUCUGGUAUUGAUCCAUUGUGAUAGUACCGCAGCUAUCGCUAAAGUUGAGAACCGGUUCUAUAACGGAAAGAAACAACAGAUUCAUCGUAAGCACAGUACUGCAAGAGAACUCCUAACGAUAGGAGCAGUGAGGGUGGAUCAUAUAAGAUCCGAACAGAAUCUAGCUGAUCCUUUGACGAAAGGAUUACCUAGAGAGAAAGUCCAUAAUACCGCCAAGAGUAUGGGACUUAUGCCUAUCGAACCACGGACUACAAGUUAUGGUAACCCGACCCAAUAGAUUGGAGAUCCCAAGAAAUGGGUUCAAUGGGUAAUAACAAGUCAUGAGUAGUAUGCGAAAACUUCAUGCAUAGUGAAGCAUGAAUCCCAAAGCAAUGGAGGUUGAGUUAAUAACUCUUAAUGAGAUCUAUAACCUAUGUGGGGUGGAGUACUUUACUUUGGGGGUACUCCUGAUAGACUCAUCUAUGUGAAUGUGGGAGUGGGGCUGCUCCCUAUGGAACUUUGGAGGCACAAAGUUGCUAGAGCGUUCACUAAACCAGGAUAACGUUCAUGGCCAUAAACGCACGGGCUAAGAAGAGAACACAACUCAAUGAAAAGAUUCGGUGUGCUACACUGUCUGAGAUAGGGCUCAAUACUACGAGUCACCCUUAUGAAAUCGGAAGUGUAGCCACUACGCUAAGGUUCAAAUCUUCGCGAUACCUUAGCUUCUGCCCGAUCUUAUGGAACUGUUGAUGCUCAGAGAUAGUUUCAAAACUAUUCAAGUGAGGGAUUGUUGGAAGUGUAUAUAUAAAUAGCUUUGAAAGCUAUAGAGUCUCAAGUGGAAAAACUACCACAUUGGUAGUUUUACUUGGUGAAAUGUGUAUAAAGAUAGGAGCCUCUCUCCUAAGGGCAUGCCCCUUGGGGUGACCCACUUUUGUGGUAGAGGGAGGACCUAACGGACCACCACACACAAGCGCACGCACGAGCCGUCCGACCUACCGGCCGGUCGUUCGGUCGGUUGGUUGAUUGGUUCACUUGAGACUAUAUAUAUUUUUGGAGAAAUUCCGAACAAAAUUAAUUAUCUAAUAAUUAAUUAUUAAUCGGUUAUUCUGAGGAAUAUUCUAAGGAUAAUAGACUAAAAAGGAAUAUUUGAAGGAGAAUCCCGUAGGGUUUAUCUUAACCGACGGUUUUAAUUAAGUAAGUAAUUAUCUUCCUUAAUUAAUCCGACUUAUUCCCCAAGCAAGAGGGUAUAUUCCUAGGGGUUCGGCUCCUAUAAAUAGCCGCCUCCCUAGCCCCUCUAAACACACCACAACGAGCAUAAACCUAAUAGAGGGAGUGUUCAGAGAACUCGUGUUUUCGCACAAAACCCCGAGUAGUGAGAGGAGUUGUUUUAUCCUAGAGACGACCGGUUGAUAGUCUUUCGUGCGCAUCGAGGGCAAUGCCGCGAACGUCUUAAAGAGAGCGACCUAGUACGCGACUCAGCUCCAAAUUCGGUAACCUCGUUCUUGUUGUUUCUCCGUUCCUAACAUAUAUAAGUCCCGCUAGUUAAAUGCAAAUGAAAACUGACAGUUCUUUCGCAACUCAAACAAUUUAUGAGAUUAUCAGAGUGAAAAAGCCGCAAUAUUUCACGGGAUGAUGUUGAAGAUAAAUAAUGUGACAUCCAAUCCUCAAAAUAAACAAAAUGAUACGCA